CUUGGGUCCAGCGGCAGAACCUCCUUGCAAGUCCGCUGUAGUUCAUACCUGCCGUUCAGUGCCCUAGCGACUGGAGCACGGGAAAAAGUUACCCUUGGCACGCUGCGUGCAUUGCACAAGAAGGAGGAGCCGAUCGUUGCCCUCACAGCAUACGACUUUCCUGGAGCACUAAUCGCUGACCAAGCCGGCAUGGAUAUUGUGCUGGUGGGAGAUAGCCUGAGCAUGGUUUCUCUGGGGAUGGAUGAUACCACUGAAAUAACAAUGGAGGAGAUUCUAUUCCACUGUAAAUCUGUUGCAAGGGCUGUAAAGUCUGCAUUCACCAUCGGUGACCUCCCAAUGGGAAGUUACGAGAUUUCUCCAGAGCAAGCUCUUGCAUCUGCCAUCCGCGUUGUUAAAAUGGGCGGCUUGCAGGGUAUAAAGCUCGAGGGUGGCAAGGAAAUGGCCGACACAAUUCGCAAGAUCACUACGGCUGGGAUACCCGUCCUGGGCCACAUCGGCCUCACGCCUCAGCGAAAAAAUGCUCUCGGUGGCUUUCGUAUUCAAGGAAGGACACCGGAAGGGGCUACGAGUAUCCUUGAUGAUGCACUGGCGGUGCAGGGCGCCGGCUGCUUCGCAACUGUUAUUGAAGCAGUCCCAUCCGAGGUUGCAGCACUCAUCACUGAAAGGCUAUUAAUACCCACCAUUGGAAUUGGGAGUGGUAAUAGAUGCUCUGGCCAGGUUCUUGUCCAAAGCGAUAUUUCUGGCAAUUUCCCUCCGGGCCACUUUCUUCCGAAAUUUGUGAAGAAAUAUGGCGAUGUUUGGGCUGAGUCUAUGAGUGCUAUCAAAACGUAUAGAGACGAAGUCAAAUGCCGCACCUAUCCCGCGGAAGAACACAUGUAUCCCAUCAAGAGGGAGGAAUUAGACAAGUUUGUGCAAGGACUUGAGAAUCAGUGA